GGCGCUGGCGGGUGACCCAGCUGUGCUGCGGGGUAUUUUUGGGGCUGGGGUGAAGUACACCACCCACGUCUCCCCCGACUCCUCGGGCUGUGCUGUUUGGCUAAUGAAGAGCUCCGUUCAGCCAGUGACGCGGCGCGAGCGCAGCCGAGCGAUCUGACUGGCUGAGAGCUGCUGACAUCACGCCGGCCGGCCGUUGAUCUGCGCUGUCUCUGAGGCUGCUGCCAGAGUCUGAGCCACGGGCUCCGGCGUCUAGAGCAGACACAGCAGUGUGGAAACUAUCCCCUGACCGAUGGAAAUAAUGACCGCACGCAUGCCUCAGGCUCCUGAAGGACAUGAGCUCCGUGUCUGCAGUGAUCGGGCCCCGGGGCCGCUGAAGGGGACAUGGGCAGAUGCGACUCCUCUGAAAGCCACGAGGAUUUGUUCUUCACGGCUGGACGUCGGCUUCCAGGCUCUUGCUCGGCGCUCCAGGUAGCUGUGUCCGAUGAGGAUGUCUGACUCUGAGACGAUGAGAUCUCUGACCGAAGACAGCGACGAGACGCAGCGGCAAACAGCGGCCCCGGGCCCUAAAAGAGCCAAGCACACCAAGGUCAAGUUAGUCCGGAGCCGGGCCGUGUGUGAAGAGCCCUGUCCUUCCAGCAUCGGCUCUCAGCCGUCUCCAGACCAGCAGGAUGGAGAUGGAGUUAAACUCUCGCAGACGUUUGAGGACGAAUCGACUCUUACUGUGAACGAGGACCAUCCAGACGGGAAACCAGAGAAAGAGCCACGCAAGAUACUGUCCAGAGACUCCAGUCAGGAAUACAAGGACUCGACCGGAAUCGAUCUGCAUGGCUUCCUGGUGAACACACUGAAGAACCACCCCAGGGACCGAAUGAUGCUGCUGAAGCUGGAGCAGGACCUCCUCGACUUCAUCAGCAAUAACCAGAGUCAGAGGAGGAAGUUCCCGCCCAUGACGUCUUAUCACCGAAUGCUCCUGCACAGAGUCGCUGCUUACUUCGGUUUAGACCACAACGUGGACCAGACCGGGAAAUGUGUGAUCGUCAACAAAACCAGCGGCACACGAGUACCAGAUCAGAGGUUCUCCGAACACAUCCGAGACGACCAGACGGAGGAUUUCCAGAAGCGCUACAUCUUAAAAAGGGACAACUCCAGCACAGACAAAGACGACACGAGACGCAUGAAACUGAAGGAGGACCGGAGGAGCAAGUCCAUCGAGGAGCGAGAGGAGGAGUAUCAGAGAGCCAGGGACAGGAUCUUCUCUGAUGCUUUAGACACCUUCCCGCUGGAUAACAGGAUUCAGGAGGACGAGGUGUGUAACAGCAUCCAGCAGAGACGGCAGAUCUUCAGGUCGAAGGACAGCCUCCAGAGCAGCUCUGAGAGCGAGGCCAGGUGUUCAGAGCCGCGGCCGUGGAGCAGCACGGACUCAGACAGCUCCGGACGGAACCUGAAGCCCGCCGUGAUCAAAGCCAGCAGCUUCAGCGGAGGAGACGGCUCCAGCGGCAGGCUCUCUAACGCCGGCUCUGAUUCUUGUAGUAGUGUAGGAUCAUCUACGGGUUCCCUCUCUCGAUCCCAGGCCUUCCCCGCUCUCAGCUACGAGCCGCCGGCGUCCGCGGCUAGCGCUAGCUACUAUCUGCUCCCGCUGGACGCCGCAGGGAUAGCGUCCGGAAGUGUCCUGGUCAACUCUCACACAGGUCAGCCGCUUCUGAACCCCGACGGCAGUGCUGUCCUCUACAGUCCCAGCGUGACCUCACACCUCGGGUGUCAAUCAUCUGUAGCUCCGCCUCCAGCCGCUCACCCCCAGCACCAGCCCACCAAUCACAUCCCGGCACAGCAGGAGAACCUGAGCGCUCAGUUGGGUCACAUGAUGCUGGUCCAGCAGGCCUCGGGCGAGGGUUACCCUCUUCAGAGCGGAUACGGGCUGAACUCCACGGCCUCCGUCAGCCAGCAGCAGCAGAUGCCGGCGUGUUACUGCUCUUCCGGUCAGUUCCCGGUGUCUGGUCAGUCGUAUCGGGCCGUGGGUCCAGUGCCAUACAGCGGCCCGGGUCAGAUCCCCCCCGCAGCCCCGCAGCAGCCAGGUUAUCAAGCUGUGAUGCCGAAUCAUCAGAACUACCAGAACGUGAAUCAGCUGCAAGGCAUGAUGGUCCAGUAUCCGUCAGUGGCGUCAUCUUAUCAGCAGAGCGCUCCGGCGUCCGGCGUCCAGGUGUACUACAGCAUCCUUCCUCCCGCACAGAACCCCACCAGCUCCUCCGCAGGGUUCCCUCUUCCUCCUCCUCCUCUUCCUCCUCUUCCUCCUCCUCCAGGAGCGGAGCAGAUGUCGUCUCCCUGCGGCUCGCAGCAGAUUGUCUCUCAGCAGUGUUCAGGUGGAAUGCUGAUGAUGCACCUGGCGUUACCCGUAUCCCAGCAGUCUCCAUCUCAGUGGAAACACCAGAAACACUACAGCUCUGAUCAUACACACUCACUGAAGCCCGCUGACGUCUGCGCUCUGGAACCGUCUCACAUGGGCAGCUCGUCUCCUGCACCGCACCUCACUAAUGUAAAGAACAUCCGUCCCAGCCUCAACACUCUUCCCAUCAUGCCUCACUUCUCCAGAUCCUCAGGACCGGGUGAGGUGCGCUUCCAGUACAGCCCUCAGCUCCGCCCACCGCUACUGCAAGCCCCGCCCACGCUGUCCAGUCAGGCUCCGGUCGGGCCCCGGCCCUCAGCUCGAGGCAGGAGGUUCCCGAGGAGGGCUCUCUCUACGGAUCUCAGUGUAGGUGUCUCUCAGAUCAAGAUCAGGUUCCUGUCUCUUCCUCCUCAGGCUUUAAAGCAGGCCUCGUGUUUCUUUAAUCUCUCUCCUUAUUAUUAGUAUUAUUAUAAUCAUAAUUCACCAGAGAAGUCACUUUAUUAGUGAAGGAUUAAUAUAUCACUGAUUUGUUGGUAAAAGCGUACAUUAGCCUUUUUUUUAUAUCUCUGGAAGAAAAUAUUGUAAAAUGACUGUAGAAUUAAAUCUGUAGGUUUUUCAGA